AUGAAACCUUCAAAUUCCAAACCUCUUUUUCCAAUGGCAUUAUCAAUAUCACCCAUCACCGUCUCCAUCAUCACUCUCUUCCUCCUCUUCAAUCCAGCCACUUCUCAAAACAAUGAAAUUCUCAAAUCAACAACACAAACACAAAACGACUGUGAAAACCGUUGGAUCCACAUAAGAAAACUACCUUCAAUCUUCAACCUAGAUCUCCUCUCAAAUUGUUCCGAAUACACAUUCCUAGACGAUUUAUGCCCUUUCUUAGCAAACCAUGGUUUGGGUCAAAAAACCCAUAACCGUUCUCAUAGUUGGUACCGAUCCGACCCGUCCAUGCUUGAACUCAUUUUCCAUCGCCGUAUGUUGGAGUAUCCAUGUUUAACGGAAGAUCCGAAUACCGCUAACGCCGUUUAUCUUCCUUACUACGCUGGUUUCGACGCUCUCCGUUAUCUUUACGGUCCUGAAUAUAACUCCAGCGAAGAACACGGGGUUCAGCUUUUUCAUUUUCUUCAAAACGAUGACCCUUCUAUAUGGAACCGUUUUUCGGGUCACGAUCAUUUUCUGGUUAUGGCCCGACCCGCUUGGGAUUUUUGUCAGCCGUUGGAUACGGAUCCUCGUCUAUGGGGAACUUCGUUUCUCGAGUUACCGCAGUUUUUCAAUGUAACGGCUUUGACUCUCGAGGCUCGUGCUUGGCCGUGGCAAGAACACGCUGUUCCUUUUCCGACGUCAUUUCAUCCGCCGAAUCUCGCUUUGUUGGAUUCGUGGAUUCAACGCGUUCGUCGGACGAAGAGGUAUUCUCUUGCUCUUUUUGCCGGCGGUGGAGGUUACUCUUCGACGCCGAAUAUCCGGCGGAGUAUAAGGAUUGAAUGCGAUAACAGCAGUGGUAGUAGUAAGAAUGUGAAUUCAUUUGGUUAUGAAAAGCUUUGUGAUACUGUUGAUUGUUCUAAUGGUGUUUGUGAGCAUGAUCCAAUUAGGUUUAUGAAACCAAUGUUAGGGGCGAAUUUCUGUUUGCAACCUCCCGGGGAUACUCCGACUCGGAGAUCGACUUUCGAUGCGAUUCUUGCAGGUUGUAUACCUGUGUUUUUCGAGGAUUUGUCUGCGAAAUUGCAGUAUUCGUGGCAUUUGCCGCAGAAUGAAUUUGAGGGUUUUUCUGUUACUAUACCUAAGGAGGAUGUUGUGUUUAAGGGAUUGAGGAUUCUUGAUGCGUUGCAGAGAAUACCUAGAGCUAGGGUUAGGAGAAUGAGGGAGAAAGUAAUGGAGUUGAUUCCUAGGGUUGUCUAUAGAAAGCAUAAUAGUUCUCCUGGUUUGAGAGCUAAGAAGGAUGCAUUUGAUUUAACCAUUGAUGGUACUUUGGAUAAGAUUCGAACGAGGCUUCAGGAACUUGAUUUGGUUGUGUAA